ACACAUUCGACCCUCAUUUCCUCUCCAAAAUCAGCUCGUGUCUCGGUCCCCGCCAUGUUCUGCUUAUCACCGCAGUGAAGACCUUUCCAACGAUACCCAUACCCCCUCACUACAAAGCGAAGGGGUUUGACAAAGAGAGGACGAGGAAAAGACGGUUAUGCGACCGAGAAUACCAGCUCGGCUGAGUGGGGAGCUGGUACAACUGGGGGUGUUGCUGCCUUGGGCUGCUAGGGCGUCGUCUAGCACAGCGGUGGGGAGAGAGGAAGGUGGGCAGCGGAGAGGAAGAGAAGAGGGCGCGGUAAACCGACGUCUGCCUCUGUAUCCAGACGAACGGCAUAUACAACAAAAAGCGCAAGGCUCGAAUAAUACAUCGGAUCCAGACGAGUUCUUCGCAGGCGGUGCUAGCAGCACAACGAACGCGCGCGCAAAAGCAGCUUCCAGCAGUGACGCAGAACCACCAAAAAGCUCUUUCGGUGCGCUGAGAGAAAGCAGAGACAGCACAGAAGAUAGCAGAUCACUACCUUGUAUACCUAAACCUCCCCCAACCGUAGUCCACCUUCUCCUAUCCAAACCCCACCCUCCCGCUCCCUCUCAAAUAUUCGCACACCUCCCCUCCUCCCCUCAGGACCUAAACAAAGCUUCAGGGGAGUUGCUGAUAUCCUACUCGGCCCACAUGGGCGACUACAAGACACAAAAAUCCACCAUCGACCUCCUGGUCAAGAGACGUCUCGUGCCCCUCGGAUACAAGAAACGCAUAAAGAUCCGAGGACGAGACAAGGUGCAGACUAGCAAACAGGGCAUCUGGGAGAUGAGAGCGAAUGAAUGGGCUUUGAGACGGUGGCCCCCUAUUGAGAGUUUGGAGGACGAAGGCCGGUACACAACCUCGCAAUUGCUCGGGAGGCUGCAUCACUUGCUUUUGUAUGGUGAAGCACCGACUUUUGAGUUUGCGCUCAAGCUCUUGUGCAACGCUAGCGAUCAUAUAAACGACUCGCCUUCGGUCAAAGGGAAAGAGAGGGAAAGGCAGGGAGGCGAGGUGGAUGUGUUGAACCUCUAUCUGGCGUAUGCGCCACGUUUGGCCCCUGCCGACUCGCUCCUCAGCACCUUCGCCUCCGCCUUCCCAUCGAACAGAUUGAACCGCCAAUCACUGCACCUAUCCAUCUUGUCCCUCCUCUCCCCACCUUCCCCCGCCGCCCAAGCGCACCAAGUCACCCCAAAACAAGUGCUAGCGAUGCUAGAAACGUUUCUGAGUAAGGGCAUCUUGCCGGGGUUGGAGACGUGGCGCCAUAUUGGCAAGUUUGCGACGAAAUUUGGGAUCAAGGAUCUGGGCAAAGUGGGGUGGGAGGGGUGGUUUGGAAGUUUGGGGUAUGCUGAAGCGAGGGCGUUACUCGGGCCUCUCUCCUACUUUCCAAACUCUAUAUUUGAUGGCGAAUUAGGAGCAGACGAGCAAGGGGCAGAAGACCAGGAUAGUUGGCAGCUCAGAUUCCAACAUCUCGGUGUCCAGAAGACGCGCUGGGCGAGAAUAGUAGGGAGGAUGGAGAAGAAGGGAUGGGUACAGAAGAGUGAAGCGGGAGAAGGGAGGUGGGGGUAUGUUUGGAAAGAUGCUAAGGGGCCCGUGGUGGGAGAGGUCGUGGGGAAGCAAGAGCCAACGGAGACACAAGGCUUGACGGAGCCACGGCAAGAGAAGGAGGAGAAGGAUGAGAGUGAGGGGAAGGAAGAGAGCAAGGCGGCCAAAGGAGAUGUUCGCAAACCUCAUCAACGAGACUUGCGAACCCUCCUUUUCCGGCCUCGUAAUCCGUAUUACCCUCGAGUACCUCAGGUUGCUCAACGGCAUAUCCAGUCUUUACGACCAGGCGCGCCUUCGCCGCCUCCAUCCUCUUAA